UUGGUCUCCUCGGUGGCCGUGGCGUUCCCGGGGGCGCUGCCGGCGCGCGGCCCGGCAGAAGGGGGUGGGGUCUCGUCCGCUCCGCCCCCGCGGAGGGAUACGCGCCACCGCGGCCCAAAACCCCCAGGCGAGGGGGCGCCGGCGUGUAAGCGGUCGGUGCGGCGCGGCCUGCGCGUGUCUCUGCCACGCUGCGAGGAUCCGUGCGGCCUCCGCCCGCCGCCACCGAGAGCCCGACGGUCCCGGAUCGCAGGCCAGAGCUCCGCGGGCAGGCGCCCAGACACUCCGCCGCCCACUGGAGCCGCGCCGCCAGCUGUGCGCCGCACGGCUCGUAGGCGCCGCGCGGUCCCCGGGAGGCCGCUCUCCCGCGGUCGCGGCCGGGGCGGGGAGCGGGCCGGGGCAGCAGGCGGCAGAGCUCGGAGGCCGAGGGCCCGCGCCCCCCCCCCCCGCGAUGCUGCUCUCCAAGUUCGGCUCCCUGGCGCACCUCUGCGGGCCUGGCGGCGUGGACCAUCUCCCGGUGAAGAUUUUGCAGCCAGCCAAGGCGGACAAGGAGAGCUUCGAGAAAGUGUAUCAGGUGGGCGCCAUGCUGGGCAGCGGCGGCUUCGGCACAGUCUACGCGGGCAGCCGCCUCGCCGACGGGCUCCCGGUCGCCGUGAAGCACGUGGUGAAGGAGCGAGUGACUGAGUGGGGCACCUUGGGCGGCGCGGUCGUGCCUCUUGAGGUGGUGCUGCUGCGCAAGGUGGGCGCGGCGGGCGGCGCGCGCGGCGUCAUCCGCCUGCUGGACUGGUUCGAGCGGCCCGACGGCUUCCUGCUGGUGCUCGAACGGCCCGAGCCGGCGCAGGACCUCUUCGACUUCAUCACGGAGCGCGGCGCGCUCGACGAGCCGCUGGCGCGGCGCUUCUUCGCGCAAGUGCUAGCCGCCGUGUGCCACUGCCACGGCUGUGGGGUUGUGCACCGCGACAUCAAGGACGAGAACCUGCUUGUGGACCUGCGCUCGGGCGAACUGAAGCUCAUCGACUUCGGCUCGGGGGCGCUGCUUAAGGACACUGUCUACACCGAUUUCGACGGCACCAGGGUGUACAGCCCUCCCGAGUGGAUUCGCUACCAUCGCUACCAUGGGCGCUCGGCCACCGUGUGGUCCUUGGGUGUUCUGCUGUAUGAUAUGGUGUGCGGCGACAUCCCAUUCGAGCAGGACGAGGAGAUCCUGCGUGGUCGUCUCUUCUUCCGGAGGAGGGUCUCCCCAGAGUGCCAGCAGCUGAUCGAGUGGUGUCUGUCCUUGCGGCCUUCGGAGCGUCCCACCCUGGACCAGAUCAGCACCCAUCCCUGGAUGCUGGGGGCCGACAGUGCCCUGGAGAGCUGUGAUCUGCAGCUAUGUGUGCUGGACCCUGACGACGGGGCCAGCACCACCUCCAGCAGCGAGAGCUUGUGAGGGGCAGCGUGCCAGCCGGCCUUGGGGGGAGUCAGAGGGACUGCUUGGCCCUGCUGGCUGCUCCAGAAACAUGUCCUUGGCCCAGCCGCCUCUUUGCCGGAAGCAGUGACUGACCUCUGGUGGCCUCUGCCUCUGGCACCGGGCCUCAGUUUCUUUUGCUUUGAGUGCCUUUUCGAACGCUGCUUCCACGGGACUUGGUUUCUCUGGCUCUGCCUGUCCAAAGAGGCUCCCUCAAUCGAGGCUUUGCUGCCCCGGGGAGGGCGGUGCCCAGGGUCUCUGGGUGAUGCUCAAACCUGAGACUAAGACAAGCCACGUCCUUCUGCUGUUGUAGGAGGUGGCCGGCCGAUGCCUCCCGUGCCCUCUCAUCCCACCCUGUCUGGACCAGGAGCACUUUGUGUGUGGCACAGAACCCUGUGCCCUGUCUUUUUUGUCCCCUGAGUCUCAUGGUGUUUGUCUGGGCACGUUCCUGCACAAACAAUGCAACGUCUUUGAUUGCCGCCUGCCUGCACGGCGGUCACACGGCAGGACAGUCUUAUUUAUGGUGUGACCUCUUGGCGGUGCCCCGCGCCUAUUUAUUGGUUUAAUUUAUUUGUUGAGGUGGUUCUUUCUGAGCAGUCCUGCUUUUUCGGGUCCCUGGGGCAUCAGGGAGGGGGAUGGCACAGGGUCCAGACCCCAGGUCUUGACCCCAUGCCUGGUGUCUGUAGUCUGUGCCAUGUGUGUGUGUCGAAAGAUGAACUUGUACAGUGGCUAAUUUAAGGGGGGGGUGAUGCCACCAUCUGGGGCUCUGGGUGGCGGGUUUUAAAUUAUUGACCUUGUACAGUCUGCUUGUUGGCUCUGGGAGCUGGGGGGUGGGGGGACAGAGUCACAAGCCUUUAAUUUAUUCAGCAGCUGUGUUCUGUGACCCCGGUGUGUGUAGGCAUCGUGGGUGGGGUUUCAUUCAGUUCAAAAGUGAGAUGUACGGAGAUCAUAUUUUUUAUACAGGCAUUUCAAUUAAAUUUUUUUGUAUAUAACAGGCAGUUUGUGCUUUU